AUGAAAGCAUUUUCCAAGAAAUCAGAUCUUACAGUUCAUCUGAGAAUCCAUACUAGAGAGAAGCCAUUCAUAUGCAAAGAAUGUGGGAAAGCAUUUUCCCAGAAAACAAAUCUUACAUUUCAUAUGAGAAGCCAUUCAGGAGAAAAGCCAUUUAUAUGGAAGGAAUUUUUAAGCAAGGAAUGUGAAAAAGCAUUUUCCCAGAAACCAAAGCGUACAGUUCACAUGAGAAUCCAUACUGGAGGAAAGCCAUUCAUGUGCAAAGAAUGUGGGAAAACAUUUUCCAAGAAAUGUCAUCAUAUAGUUCAUAUGAGAAUCCACACUGGAGAAAAGCCAUUCAUGUGCAAAGAGUGUGGGAAAACAUUUUCCAAGAAAGCACACCUCACAGUUCAUAUGAGAAUCCAUACUGGAGAGAAGCCAUUCGUGUGCAAGGAGUGUGGGAAAGCAUUUUCCAUUAAACAUUCUCUUACACGUCAUAUGAAAAUCCAUACUGGAGAAAAGCCUUUCAUGUGCAAGGAAUGUGGGAAAGGCAUUUUCCAUGAGAAGAUAUUCCUUUAA